AAGAUUACAGAAUUUCUUCUCCCCUCCUCCUUCCUGCUUCUUCUGAUCUUCUUCACUGUCAACUCUUUCUUCGUUCAGAAUAUAACAAUCGCAGUACUUCUUGUGGAAUUGCAGUUGACAUUGAUGGACUAUGGAGUCAUACUUCGUGGCCGUGAACCCAUUGGGGGUUCUCCGCAAGCCUUGAGGAGAUUGCACGGAGAUUGCACGGAGCUCAUGGUAUUUAUAAAAGAACAAAUCCGUGAACGCAAUCCAUAUUCCAUACGUGAAUAGUGAAAUUUCUGGGCAGUAUCAGUAGUGUAUUAAAAUGGGUAUUUUGAAGGUCCCAGUUUUGUUCUUGACAAAUGGUUCUGUAAGCGGGUUUUCAAGAAGAGACACCAAUGCUGCUACAUGUUACACUAUGAGUGCUAUAAGACCUCCGCCGAUGACAGGAAGCUUGAUACUGUCACCAGUGGAGACAUAGUCAUGAGAAACAGGAACUUGGGCAUUGAAGAAUACAGGUUUCUCUUAAAAACAAUUGUCAGUUCUGGUAUUGGUGAAGAAACUUUUGGUCCAAGAGUUGUGCUUGCAGGCCGAGAAGAAUCACCGACUCUGGAGGAUUCAUUUUUGGAGAUGGAUGAUCUUAUUUUCACCACACUUGAUGGACUUUUUCUCAAGACGGGUGUUUCUCCAUCACAAAUUGACAUUCUUGUUGUCAAUGUCUCUCUGUUCUCCCCUGCACCUUCUCUGACUUCGAGGAUAGCGAACCGUUACAAGAUGAGAGAGGACAUUAAAUUCUUCAAUCUCUCUGGAAUGGGUUGCAGUGCAAGCCUUGUAGCCAUUGAUUUGGUGCAGCAUUUGUUCAAUACAUACAACAAUUCACUUGCUGUUGUUGUUAGCACAGAAUCACUUGGUGCUCAUUGGUAUUGUGGGAAGGAGAAAUCAAUGAUGCUCUCCAAUUGUUUGUUUCGCUCCGGUGGCUGCUCGAUGCUUUUAACCAACAACCGAGCCUUCAAACAUCAAGCCAUGUUUAAAUUGACUAGUAGCGUUCGAACUCAUUUGGGAUCUAUAGACGAUGCAUACAAUUGUUGCAUACAAGUAGAGGAUGAGCUUGGUUAUGGAGGUUUUAGACUCACCAAGAAUCUAACAAAAGCUGCUGCUCAAGCUUUAAAGAUGAACCUCCAAGUCCUUGUCCCCAAAAUCUUGCCAACUUGGGAGCUCAUUAGGUACAUGAUUGUGUCCACUCUUCAACGGAACAAGAACAAAUUAGAGAAGACUAAUGGAGUGACAUUGAACUUGAAGGCUGGAAUUGAACACUUCUGCAUACACCCUGGUGGGAGGGCAGUGAUUGAUGGGGUUGGUGAGGGUUUAGGACUUGGUGGUUAUGAUCUUGAGCCAACUAGAAUGGCACUCCACCGAUUCGGCAACACAUCGGCUGGUGGACUCUGGUAUGUUUUGGGUUAUAUGGAGGCAAAGAAGAGGCUUAAGAAGGGUGACAGGGUUCUAAUGAUCAGUCUUGGUGCUGGUUUUAUGUGUAACAACUGUGUUUGGGAGGUUAUGAAGGAUUUGGAGGAUACUAAUGUGUGGAAAGACUGCGUGGAUCGAUACCCUCCACCUCCAACAUCUUCACUGAAUCCUUUCUUGGAGAAGUAUGGUUGGCUUAAUGAUGAUUCUUUGAGUUCUAGUAUUAAGUUAGAAUUGAAGCCUUGAAGCUGCUAUAAUGUUGAGGUUUUUUUUUUUCCAACUUUGAAAGCUUUUUAACAAUAAUAAAAUGGGGAAGAUUUAUGUAUUACAUACACCACUUUUAUGUUUACUCAAUCUUGUAUUAUUAUAUUGAAAGA